UCAGUACCGCACGGCAACGAUGUGAGGAUGAGCCAGUACUGAAGGAGGACGAGAAUAUGGAUUUUGAUGCUUCCAAUAUGUAUCUACCCAGUUGCACUUACUACGUCCCCGGAGCGGAUUUCGCGGCUCUCCCGCACUAUCUCGCUCAGAGUCAGCCCUCCUGUCCGGUGGCGUACUCGUACCAGUCAUCGGCUCUUCCUCAGGUUCCGUCCGUGAGAGAUGUGGCGUUCAGAGACUAUAGUAUGGACGGUUCGGCUAAAUGGCACCACGGCAGGGGGAGUCUACCGCACUGCUACGCGGACGACGGCUGGUCAGGGCCGACCCCUCGUGGGGGAGACGUGCCGGGGAAAGGCGUCUCCUCCUCCGGUUCGACGACUCCGUCGGGAGGCUUCCACGGCAGCGGGGCGGCCAGGAACGGCGUCCUGCCACAGGCUUUCGAUCAGUUCUUCGACUCGGCCUACAGCGGCCAGGAGCACCGAGCCACGCCGACCCAGGACAGACAUGCGGAAACCGUCAAGACGAGCCCGGCGCCGGCUCUUCAUGCUCCGGGCUCGGACACGGCGGAGAGCUGCAGCCCCAAGUCGUCACCCGGCCUCGGCGAGGACAGGAGCGGAAAAGGCGGUGGUGGCCAGAAGACGCGCAAGAAGAGAUGCCCGUAUUCCAAGUAUCAAAUCAGGGAGCUGGAGAGAGAAUUCUUCUUCAGUGUUUACAUCAACAAGGAGAAGCGGCUGCAGCUUUCCCGGAUGCUCAACUUGACUGACCGGCAGGUGAAAAUCUGGUUUCAGAACAGGAGAAUGAAGGAGAAGAAACUCAACAGGGACCGUUUACAGUACUACACCAGCAACCCCCUGCUAUAAAACAUGUACAAUAACACGCCAAACACUUGGACUCCAUCGUGAACUCUUUAAAAGUCCACUUUUUUUUUUUUUUUAAUUCAACCUUCUAUUCUCUAUAUUAUAAUUAUUAAUAUUAUUGUGACAAAAAUGCUCUUAUGUUCUACCCCAAAUUUGUAUGCUCACAUUUACACGCACACGCAGACUGGAAUUGUUUUAUUCAGACUUUUAU